AUGUGCUUCCCCAAGCAAAGAGAAGGUAUUGUGACAAACAUGUUGAAGCAAAUUGGGCAAAAAAAUGGAAGAUUCUUGGAGAUGAAGAAGUUGUUUUGGUGGGCUUCAUGGUCAACUUAUCCUGAAGAGUUUAAAGACCAAUUGAUGUGUAUGGGCCAGUUGAGUGAAGCUGUUGUUAAGUCACUGUUGAAGUAUCCUUCCCAGAGUUGGUGUAGGGCCUAUUUUAACACUGUUUGCAAGAAUCUAUCAGUGAUCAAUAAUAUCACUGAGUCUUUCAACAAAUGGAUUUUGGAUGCUAGAUACAAGCCAAUAAUUAAGAUGCUUGAAACUAUAAGGGUGAAAGUAAUGAAUCAUUUAAGAAAACACGAAGAGAAAGUGAGUUCAUGGAGACAAGAGUACAGUCCUAACUACUUAGAAUUGUAUUAUGACUUCCUCAAAAUUGCUCAAGUCUGUGUGGUGGAAACAAAUGGUGGUGAUGGUUUUGAAGUUUCAGAAGGGCAAGACAAACACAUUGUGAAGUUGGAGAUGAGAAUAUACACAUGUAGGAUAUGGGACAUCUUUGGGAUCCCAUGUCCUCAUGCAAUAAAGGCAAUACAGUAUUUGAAGAAAGACCCUGUAAGGGAGAUACACCGGUGGUACACCAAAGAAGCAUACCUGUUGACUUAUCACCACAAGAUACAACUAGUUCUUGGUGAGAAAUUCUGGAUAGUUGGUCCAGCUGAUGCAAUGAAUCCACCUGAUAUGGUGACUUUAGCCAGGCCUAGAAUCAAGAGAAUUAGGCAAAAAAAUGAAGCUAGUAAGAGGCAAUAUGAGUGA